CUGCUCGUCCUGGGCUUCUACAGGCGGCGACCUGAAGCCGUCAGAAGCUAAAGGGCUAUGGCCGCUGCGGGAUCUGUGAGGGCGGCGUUGCAGGUGGCGGAAGUGCUAGAAACCGUCGUGAGCUGCUGCUUGGGGCCCGAAGGGCGGCAGGUUCUGUGUACCAAGCCCACUGGCGAGGUGCUGCUCAGCCGUGAUGGAGGCCGCCUCCUGAAGGCGCUACACUUAGAGCAUCCCAUAGCCAGGAUGAUGGUGGCAUGUGUUUCCAGUCAUAUAAGAAAAACAGGAGAUGGUGCUAAAACAUUUAUUAUCUUUCUUUGCCAUUUACUCAGAGAACUUCGUGCAAUCACAGACAAGGAAAAGGAUUCUUUCUUUUCUGAAAAUAUUCAAACCCAUGGAAGGCACUGGAAAAAUUGUUGUCGGUGGAAAUUUAUUUCCCAAGCUCUUCUAACAUUUCAGACACAAGUAUUAGACUACGUUAUGGACCAUUACUUAAGUAGACACUUUUUGUCCAUCUUUUCUUCAUCCACCAAAGAGAGACCAUUGUGUAGGAGCUCUUUAGAGAUGCUCUUAAGAGCAUACUUUUGUGGAAGAGUGGGAAGAAAUAAUCACAACUUUGUAUCACAGUUGAUGUGUGACUACUUUUUCAAGUGUACAGCUUGUGAAAGUGGGUUUGAAGAAGUACUUGAGUUAGUGGAUGACUGUUUUGUCGAGUUGAAAGUUGGUGUCACCGGCCUUCCCGUUUCCGAUUCCAGGAUCAUAGCUGGGCUUGUGCUUCCCAGAGACUUUUCUGUGUACUGUCCAGCAGACGGUGACAUAAGAAUAGUGAUAGUAAUAGAAACCAUUCAGCCUCCUUUUUCAACUUUUGGAUCAGAGUUUAUUCUAAAUUCAGAAGCACAGUUUCGGACAUCUCAAUUUUGGAUUACAGAAAGGACAAAGGCAAUAAUGAAAUAUUUACAGAAGCAGAAUGUAAAAUUGCUCCUAUCUACUGUGAAACAACCAGACUUAGUAAUUUAUUGUGCAGGACUGAAUGGCAUAUCUGUGGUGGAGUGUUUAUCAUCUGAAGAACUUUCUCUUAUCCAGAGAGUCAUUGGUCUCGCUCCCUUAGUACUACCACAGGCCUCUUCUCAGUAUGAACUCUCUAACACUGCUAUGGUGAAAUUUUGUAAGCCCUUUAUUCUUAGAUCCAAAAGGUAUGUUCAUCUUGGCUUGAUUAGCACAUGUUCGUUUACACCACACUGUAUAGUUCUUUGUGGUCCAGUGCAGGGUCUUGUUGAACAACACCAGGAUGCUUUACAUGGAGCAUUUAAAAUGCUUCGGCAGUUAUUUAAAGACCUUGAUCUAAAUUAUGUGACACAAGCCAGUGACCAAAAUUGUACUUCAAGUCCUCUUAUUUAUAAGAAUAGUAGAGAAAGUAAUGACUUACCAGAAAUUGUUAAUGGCUCAAUACAAAGGCCAUAUCAGGACACAGUUGUAAAGAACAAGGAUGAACUGGCAAAAACUCAAACAUAUUUAAAAGCAUAUUCAAAUUUGGUAGUUCCAAGUGUAGAAUUAGAAACAAAUAUAUUGUGUUCAACACCAACAGUGACACUAACAGCUACAUACCAGACAGAUGCAACACUGAGAUGUUUCUCUCCAAACAAAGCCAGGAUAAUGGAUGACCAUGAACCAUUUAUUGAGAGUAAUUCUGCUAACUCAACAACAGAAAAUACUAGAAGAGAAAUUUCUUAUGAAAAUUUACAGGUCACAAAAAAUGGUAGAAAGGGGAGCAUAUUACCAGUGAGAGAUAAGUCACUAGAGAUGUGUACUUCCCAGAGUUACUGUUUCUCAUCUGUACCAGCUGGUUGUGUUUUGCCAGUGGGUGGUAAUUUUGAGAUCUUGUUGCAUUACUAUCUUCUCAACUAUGCCAAAAAGUGCCGGCAAUCAGAAGAAACCAUGGUUAGUAUGAUAAUAGCUAAUGCACUUUUAGGUGUUCCCAAAAUCUUGUAUAAGUCUAAGAAAGGAAAUUACAGCUUUCCACAAAUAUAUAUAAGAGCUCUCCAUGCACUGCAAACCAAUCAACCCAUGAUAAGCAACCAGACAGGUUUGGAAUCAGUUGCUGCCAAAUACCGGUUACUAACUUCAGUUCUUCAGUGUUUGACAAACAUUUUAACCAUUGACUUGGUAAUCAAUAUUAAGAGACAGCCUCAGGAAAUUUAUGAUCAAGAUUCAGAUGAAGAACUAUAAAAUUGGAAGCUUUUUAUUAACCAAAGUUUUAAUCCAACUCAAGCCAUAAAGCAAGGCAGGCAUGUGACCACUGAUUUUCAAGUUAAUUCAGUCUAGUUAGGAAAACAGCAUAACUUAAAAAGUCUUUAGAAGUACACAAGGCCAGCACACACUCAGACACAAAUAUUAGAGACUACAUCAUGGCACAGUUCUGAGGAGGAAUCCUGGGUGGGUGAAGCCAAGAUCUGAGUAAGCGUAUCGUUUUUCCCCCUCAGUAUCCCUGUGUCUGCUGUGUGUUAGUCUGUGCGUUUGGGGGAAGGUAUUUCCUUAUAGCUCCUUUUUACUCUUCUGUAUCUUUUUUCACUCUUCAUCCCUUCUCCCUUGCUUUUCUGUAUCUAGUUUAAUAGAGUAAUUUAAUCUCAGAUUUGGAUGUCGUCUUCAAAUGCCAUCCUACUUUAAUUGUUUAUAAUAUAAAACAUUUGCUUUAUUUAAAAUGAUUUAUUUUCCCUACUCGUAAUUUCUAUAGCAAUGAGUAAAAGGCUCAUUUUCUUUUUCUCAAACAGUGUGUGAGUAAAAUUAGUUUUUACUUUUUUGUGGCCCCUUGUUUAGAGCCUGGGUAGAUUUUUUUCCCCAUUCAUACACCAAUGAGUAUGUCACCAUAAAUAGGAUUGUGCAUUGUAAACUUAUUUUCAUUUCUUUAGUUGAAAGUUAAUUCCAGAAAGGAUAUGAAAUUCAUACUAUCAUUUUCUCCUGUCCUCUAAGAGCUUGCAAAACUAAUUCAUGUAUUUGCUGAGUUUUCUUGUAUUUGGUGCAUAGCCAGAGUUCAGUAGUAAUGCAAGAGGGAGGGGAUAUGGGGAUAUACAUAUGCAUAUAGCUGAUUCACUUUGUUAUACAGCAGAAACUAACACAACACUGUAAAGCAGUUAUACACCAAUAAAGAUGUUAAAAAUAAUAAUAAUAAUAAUAAUUUGAGAAUUACAGUUGGCUCUCCAAUCCUUGGGUUCUCCAUCUGUGGAUUCAACCAACUGUGGAUUGACUAUAUUCAGGAAAAAAAAUUCCAGAAAGUUCCAAAAAGCAAAACUUUAAUUUGCCAGGUGCACUGGCAACUAUUUAUAUAGCAUUUACAUUGUAUUAGGUAUUAUAAGUAAUCUAGAGAUGAUUUAAAGUACACAAGACAAUGUGCACAGGUUACAUGCAAACACUGUGCCAUUUUAUAUAAGGGACUUGAGCACCCACAGAUUUUGGUAUCCUCAGGAGGGGGGGAAUGUUCUGGAACCAAUCCCCCUUGGAUCCCAAGAGACGACUGUAUUUAUUUCUAAUAUGAAUUUUUUAAUGUUUAUAUUUUAUCUUAAAGGUUUAUAAAUGCAAAUAAUACUGUGCACCUAGCUGUGAAUAAGGACAGUGUUUUCUACUUUUAGUAGUUCUCUGUAACACCCCAGGCAGUGCUAUGUUCAUACCAAGUAUUCGGAAGUGCUUGUUGAAUAAAACUGUUAUCUUUAAUCUGAUCUAAUUUUGUGUUUCCAGUUUACUAAUUCAGCAGGUUCUUAUUGAGUGCCUACUAUGUGCCAGAUGCUGAAUAUACCAUGGUAAACAAAUAGAUAUGGUUCCUACCUUCAUGCACCUUUCCUCAAAGGUUAAUGGGUAGUAGAUAGUGACACCACUUGGAUCGAGAUUAAAUUUAGGAAAACUGAUGAAAAUUUCAUUACAGUUAAACUUGAAAAAGCGAUGACUAACGUAUUUAAGAACUAUAAUAUCCCAUCAUGCAGAUCUCAUGAUCUUUUAUAUUAAAUAUAAUUUCAUUUUUGUAAGGUUUAUGCCAUAUAUGAUAACAUUAUUUUACUUCUGUGACUGUGGAGAGAAUGUAUUAGCUCUACUUCUUAUACGGAUUUCAUAGAUAUAUAAACGUACUGUAAAAUUGUUGUAUAAUUUUUUCCAUUCACUUUUUUAAAUUGCCUGUCAGGUCACUUGAUAGCUUUGCUUUAUUUUGUUGUUGUUUUAAAUACUUCAUCAUUGAAGGCAUUCAAAGACUUUUCAAUGUAUGCCUGUG